UCAGUGCAUAAGAUGGCACCUAGUUAACCACAGCUUUCAGCAACGCCUUGAGAAUACUCAGUGGGAAUUGCUGGGAAGAGCACAUAUUUCCUGGAAGGCAAGCUAGAUUUACAUUACGGACAUGGUGACUGAUUUUGAUGAAAAACAUGAUGAGUAUUUAAUAUCCCUUCAGCAGAGGAAUCGGAUACUGAGACAAUUAAAAAGAAAAGACCCUAUACAAAUCAAACUGGAGCGGUUAGAACAAGGAUUUUGUCUGUAUAUGAAUGGAGCUAAUUCAGAGCUGAGAAAUUAUCCAAAAAAAUUCAACUCACAAGGCUACCUUAAAACUGAAGCAAGGACUGCCAGGAUAAAUGCAGCCCAGCUAGAAGAGAGGGAGUUGCGAGAAUGGAGCAUACGAACUGCACCAAGCAAAACAAAGCGCAAAGGAUGGCUUCAGAAAGCUGUGGAGAUUAAAACAGAAAGUGGAUCUAAACUCUGCAUUAAACCUCCUCCUGAGUACUCUGAGGAUUUUGAACCUUAUGAAAGCAUGAACAUGGAGACAAAUGAUGAUGAUGAUCUCUAUUGCUCCCAGAACUUCAUGUCUUCUGGUAGCAGUCCAUCCAGUAACUUUGAAGACUCAACCCUGAACUCCAUUACACAACUUUGCAGGGAUGGUGAAAAAGAAAAAAUAUUAUUAAGUAUUGAGGACAUAAAGGAUCUGCGAAGAAGCUUGCAACUCAGUAUAGAAGAGAAAAGGGUGGAUGAGAACUCUUUUAGUGAUGAUUAUGACUCUGUUGAAGAGGAUGUGUUUUCAGAACCAUCUCCUACUGAGGAAACAAUUGCAAACUUUGGAGAAUUUCAAUUGUGUAGCAGUAAAUCGUCGCAGAAAGAAGCUUCUGAACGUCAGGAGGCUGCAAGAUGCUCUGACCUUGAUUCAGGUGCACUUAUUCUGUUGGAGUUCAAGCAGGAUCAAAGUAAUGUGAAGCCAGUACGGGUUUUCUCUGCAAAAAGAAAAGAUAAUGCUGAAACGUACAUUCCCAUCAGAUCAAAAAGUGAAAUCACUCGGCCACUUUUUGCUGAGUCCUUGCAGCAGGAAAGACAGGAAAAAACUUGCUUGAGACCGUUAAGUCGACCAGAAAGACCACUUUCAGCCACACGAAAGAACGAGUGUGAGAAGGAUCCUGAGCUCUCUGUUUCUGCUGUUAUUAAAGCUAUGCAAAUUGAAAAUGAAAUAUUGCAGAAAGAUUUGCAAAGGCAGUCAGUUUCCACAAGCCAUGAAAAGACACGUCCUGUUUCAUCUGUUUGUGUUUCUGCAAUGACUGAACCUUCAGAAAAAAGUCAGACAACGACUGCAGUCACAAAAGCUGUUGAAAGAAUAAGUCUUUUUGGAAGCAGGCAACAGAAGAAACUUUUGAAAGUUCUUCAGGAGAUUGAGAGCUGUUCUGCCUGUGACAAGGAUGUAUUUCUACCUGAUGAAAAAUCUGAAGCAGGUUCCACAGCGCAAGAGAGGGUCCAGACAGCAACCAGUGUGGAAAUUCAGGAUGCCAUCUAUGUGACUAUGGAACUUCUUUCUAACUGGGGAAAUCCAGUAUACGUGGGCUUGAGAGAGGUGGAAUUCUUCAAUUUAUGUAAUGAUAAGAUAUUUGUCUCUCCUCACGAUGUGGACAUUCGAAAUACUGACUACCCAGGGGACUUGUCCUGCUUGGUCAAUAAGAAAUUAAAUACCGUGAAGGAAAGCUGGAUGUGCCCUUUCUAUCCACCCAUUCAGCUUUACUUUGUUAUCCGCAAUCCCACUCGGUCACAUGACUUUGGUAUAUCCAAGAUCAAGAUUUGGAAUUACAACACAACAACUCUUAGUGACCUUGAUGUAGGAGCAAAGAAAGUGAAGCUAUAUGUUGAUGAAAACCUGGUAUUUGAUGGUGAAUUAGAGAGAGGCUCUGGAGAUCUCAUCGCUGAUUGUAGUACUGCAAUUGACCUUGCACAUCAUGGACAAAACAUCACUGCACAUCCUUUGAAUGAAAGGAAGGAAGUAAAUAGAGCUGCAGUCACAGAUGAUAAAGAGGACCGAUAUUUAAAAUACCUACAACCAAACAAUACUUCGCUGUACUGGAAGCCUCUGCCAGAAGAAAAUCACCUUGAGGUUAAGAUGAACUCAGUCAGCUUUAUGAAGGAAAACUUAACUGAGUUGGAGGAUGAUCUAAAAAUGUUACCGUCUCAUGUUUGUAUGAAAGAUACCAAAGAGGAUGCAACAGUAACAACAGUUGUGGAGCAUAGUCCACCUGAUGAAGAACUUAUUUUGAGUGAGGAAAUAGAAAAACUAACGGGAAGAAAACUGCCUGAAUCUUCAGGUGCACUUCCUUCUUGGUUACAGUCACCGUCCCAAGUAACAGAGAAAAAUCAAGGUAUUUCCAGUAAGCAGAAGCCUUCCUGGCUUGCUACAGAGCAUUGUUUAGGGUUGAGAUUUCAAACACAGUCAGGUGGAAUCCUGAAAAACUUUUCAGAUCUGACUAAUGAAGGUGUCAAAUGUCAGAGAAAUGAAUUGGGAAGAUCUGGCAGUAGAAGUGCAAACAAAGAUGAGAAGUCACAAAUGCUAACCAGAAAAAAUAGCAGUGGUGGCUUGGAUGUUUUGGAGCAGCUUUCUAACAAACAUUGCUGCAACCUAGAGUUUCCUACAAGUGGAAGGAGAAGUGUCAAAUAUGGAAGAAAGGAGGGGUUAAGCACUGUAAAUGUUGUAGAACGUGAUUCAGCACUCAAAGAUGAAGAUUUCUUUAUCAAGGGCAUGGCAACCUCUAAAGCAAGAUGGCGCAGUGAACAAGAACAUACUCUCCAGGAGUCCUGGAACUCCUUGGUAAAGUUUAAUUAUUCCCAUCGUGGUCGAAUCUCUAAUAUGGAUUUUCAAGGGGAUAUCUUUGAUGAGUUUCUCCAUCAGCAGAAAAUCAACCGACUUGGAGAAUAUCAGCUAGUGAGAAAAGAUGGACUACAAACACUACCAAAAAGGCUAGAAGAAGAAAAUUGUAUGGAGACAGAUGAUGGAAGCGAUUUUAAAAUCCCUGUUUUGCCUUAUGGGCAGCACUUAGUAAUAGACAUUCAAACAACGUGGGGAGAUAGGCAUUAUGUUGGUCUUAAUGGAAUUGAAGUUUUCAGUUCUAAAGGAGAACCCGUUCAGAUUUCAAAAAUAACAGCUGAACCACCUGAUAUAAAUAUUUUACCAGCUUAUGGCAAAGAUCCCAGAGUAAUAACCAACCUAAUUGAUGGGGUAAAUCGGACACAGGAUGAUAUGCAUCUCUGGCUAGCACCAUUUACCCCUGGAAAACGUCACUUUAUCUAUAUUGACUUUGUGAAUCCCUGUCAAGUAGCUAUGAUAAGGAUUUGGAAUUAUAAUAAGUCUCGUAUACACUCUUUCAGAGGUGUGAAAGACAUUGUAAUGGAGUUGGACAAACAAUGUAUCUUUAAAGGAGAAAUUGCAAAAGCUUCAGGAACCUUGUCUGGAGCUCCAGAGCACUUUGGGGAUACUAUAUUGUUCACUACUGAUGAUGAUAUUCUUGAAGCUAUAUACUGCUAUGAUGAGACAUAUGAUGGAGAGAUGGAAAGUGCCUGUUCCUUGAGAUAUGAAGAAGAGCUAAAGAGGCCAACAACUGCUGAUGGGGAGGGAGAUGAAAGGCCUUUUACACAAGCAGGGUUAAGAACAGAGGAUCAGAAGGUUCAAGAUCAGGUAAUUGUGUCAGACCCUUUCUCUGAGUCUGCACCCAAGGAACCGGGAAUAUUUACUGGAAAGUGCCUACAGCUGAAUUUUACCAUGACCUGGGGAGACUCUCAUUACCUUGGACUGACUGGACUUGAAGUGAUAGGAAAGAAUGGUCAAGCAUUAAAAAUAACUGCAGAACAGAUUUCUGCUUCACCCCAAGACUUAAAUGAUCUUCCGGAGUAUAUGGGAGAUUCCAGAACACUAGAAAAGUUAAUAGAUGGGACUAAUAUUACAGUUGAGGAUGACCAUAUGUGGCUUAUCCCCUUCUCUUUUGGAGAAGAUCAUCUGUUCACAAUUCAUUUUGAUAAAAUUGAAAGUGUUGCAGGGCUUCGCUUUUGGAACUAUAAUAAAUCUCCAGAGGAUACCUAUAGAGGGGCUAAGGUAGUCCAUGUUUCGCUGGAUGGUUGCAGCAUCUCCCCACCGGAGGGCUUUCUUAUCCGUAAGGGACCAGGCAACUGCCACUUUGAUUUUGCUCAAGAAAUUCUCUUUGUUGACUACCUGCAGCCCCAACUGAUUAGUAGAGCACAUAGGAGGACUGGUUCAAAGAGAAUGGAACGAGCUAGUAUGGACUAUGAAGCACCGUUAAUGCCUUGUGGUUUUGUUUUCCAGCUCCAGCUUCUGACGAGUUGGGGUGAUCCAUACUACAUUGGUUUGAAUGGACUAGAGUUGUUUAAUGAACAUGGAGACCAAAUCUUGCUAACUGAAAACAAUAUUGCUGCUUUUCCAGAUAGCGUCAACAUUUUAGAGGAUGUGUCUGGAGACAUCCGUACUCCAGACAAACUCAUUGACAGAGUAAAUGACACAACUGAUGGCAGACAUAUGUGGCUUGCACCAGUUCUUCCUGGUGUGGUGAAUAGGGUGUAUGUUAUUUUUGAUAUGCCUACUACUGUGUCAAUGAUCAAGUUGUGGAAUUACGCCAAAACGCCUCAGAGAGGUGUGAAGGAGUUUGGUCUUCUUGUGGAUGACUUGCUUGUGUACAAUGGAAUCCUGGAUAUGGUGAACCAUGUAGUAUCAGGCAUCCUACCCACCUGUGAUCCAGUGGUCCCGUAUCACACAAUUCUCUUUACAGAUGAUGAGAAGAUUUGCCAUCAGGAGAAGAGGACUGUUAUUAGCAAUCAUGUGGAGGAUCAGGAUGUACGAAUGAUGAAUGAAAAUCAGAUUGUCACGAACACCAAAAAGAAGCAGAUUACGGCUGAUCCAGCUUUACGUCCAAAAACCUGCAUAUGUGAUAAAGGACUACUGAGGAGGAAAAGAUGAUAAGGGAUUGGAUCGGAUAGACCUGAAUAUAUCCAGCCCUAGAUACUUGCCAUCUAGUUCUCCAAGAUACGUAUCAUCUGAAUGGAAGAUAUUCCCUGCUUGCUACUGCUGAACCUCCUCGUGUCUUAUGAGAGAAAGCUUUGUUCUCUACAAGAAAUUUUCUUCAAUAAUGAAUCUUAAAGCAUGAACUUAGUUUUCUGCUUUUGUUUUUUUGUUGUUUUUUGUUUUUGUUUUUACUGUCAUCAUCUCUACUGCCUGAAUUUUUCCCCACUCUCUUACCUGAAAAUCUAGGGAGGAGAGAUUGCAAAUGAAUGUGAACCUUAUUGCUAACUGAUGCGUGUCCCUUCCAAGCACCAAGAAUUUGGGCGAAGCAGGGUGGUCACAGCAAGAUUAUUUCUGACAUUAUUUCUGACAUCUGAAGAGUUUCUGCUGGGCAAGCAGAAGUAUGGUGACUGCCUUUAGAAAAUGGAAAAUAAAGUGAGUUUAUCAAAGUUAGAUAAGUAAGUUUCAGCUGUAACUUCUGUUACUUUUUACAGUGAACCAAUGAUUUCUUUGAUUAUUUCGCUAUCUUGAAAAAAACAAAAAUGUGCUUUGUCUGAAGUCCUAUUCACCGGCACUCUGCACAUCCUCAGAGUCAUCCUGCUAUAGAGCAAUGCUCUCCUUUGCUAUUUGACCUGCACUUGGUUAUGUGAAUGAGAAGGACACACCACUGUGCUGCACCAACAAGAUCUGUUGCCAGCACAGAUCAUCCCUUUGAUAAACAUUAAGUGUAUUUUAACUAGGUGAUGGUAACGGGGUAACUGCAUUUUAGAAACACAAACUGAAUGUGUAGUCAAAUAACUGACAACUCUUACCAAAUAAUCAUGUCGCAGGAUUUGUAGCUAUGCAAAUGUACUUUUCACUGAAAACUUGUCAGUGAUGGUAACACUACAAAUCUCUUCCAUAGAAAAGAUUCUUCUUUUCUCAUCUAGAACUCUGUUUUCAGAGAAGUGAGAACGUUUGAAAUCAGUGAACGCUUUAGAUGUGAAAGAGACGCUACUACAGCUCCUGAGAGAGUAGCCAAAACUACUGCUUGCCAUUCUGUACUACAUCAGAAAUGCAGUAUCUUGUAUACUUGCUUAUAAAAUGUAUGCUUUGUAGCUGUUGCCUUUAAAGCUGUAAAGACCCAAAAUAGCAAUGCAUUUGCCAGAUUCCUGUGCAUUGAUGAAGCAGCAAAAUAUAUUUUUUACUAAAUGC